AUGGCUUGGGUACCGAAGUCAAGGGUGAGAGCGCUGCUCUUUGCGGCUCUGAUUCUGGUCGCUCUCUAUACGUUUGCGAACAAUUGGACAGGAGGAGAUAGGCCUGCACAGCCCCCUAGUCUUCGGCCUUCGUCGAAAUCCAACCCGACUAAGCCUGGAGAUUGGAGUUUCCGGGCAGAUCGAGAUCGAAACAAUCAUUCAUUGACGCUGGAGCAAUGCCAUACUGCAUUUCCGGAUCUGUAUAAAGAGAUCGAUCGAUCACGGACAUACUGGAAAGGAAGACAAGGCAAUAAGAAGUUGACUGAAGAGCAAUGGGGACUGGAGUGGAGUCCGGAUGGCGGGUUAAGAGCAAUGAUCUGGGAAGGACAACUAUACGUGUUAGAGUCGCGAGGACUCAAUCACUUCUUGCACUGGAAAGAGCGGUCGCAUGCAACUCUGCAUAGUAUCCACAGGGCAAUCACCGGCGCGCGGGAACCGAUACCGAAUAUUGAAUUUAGCAUCAAGAUUAACGAUAAUAUCGAACUCACGGAAAGGCACCCGGAUGUCACGGUCUGGAACUUUAACCGCAAUGUUAGUGACCCCGUAAUGGAACAGGUCUGGCUGAUUCCGGACUUCAAUUUCUGGUCCUACCCUCGAGUCGCGGGCUCGUACGGCGAUUACCAGCGACAGGCCAUAGAGAUCGGCUCUGAUUACAACGCGAAAAAAUCGCAGCUUGUCUGGCGUGGUACCGUGGACUUCAAUCCGGAGAUCAGAUUGAGGCUCCUCGAACAGAGCGACGGCAAGCCUUGGUCCGACGUACGCAAGGUCGCCGAAGAUGUCUCGGACGAGGAAUCCAUGAAGUAUCGAAUUACGAUGCCCGAUCACUGCAGAUACAAGUUCGCAGUACAUACAGAAGGAACGACUUGGUCCGGCCGUCUCAAAUACCUCCUGAGCUGCCACUCCACCAUCCUCAUCCAUCCCUUGACCUUCUCAACACAUCUCUACCACCUCCUGGAACCAGACGGGCCGAACCAAAACUUCGUGCAAGUCGAUAAGGAAUGGAAAGGUCUCCCUUCGACAAUGGACGACCUACUCGCCGACAAUGCGAAAGCUAAGAGGAUCGCGGAUAAUGCGGCUGCCAAAUUCCGAGACCAGUAUUUCACGCCCGCUGCUCAGACUUGUUAUUUCAGGCAGCUUUUCCAAGUUUGGGCGGAGAUGACGCCGAAGCCAAAUCCGUGGAAGGUCACGAAGCAUGCGGAUGGGACUACGACGAAGGACUGGAGGGGCAUGACAUAUGAGGAAUAUGUGUAAGUCUUUGUAUCCCUACCGUUUGUGGGGCAUAAGGAGUAAAACUGACGAGGGUUUGCAGAUUCUUGGAUAAGGGCUACAACGACUAA